AACGUGCUUGCUCUGGCGGAUUUUCUGGUUUUUUAUUUGUAGGGUGAAAAGGAGGAGGGAAAUAGACAAUUGGCACUUUCCUGUGUGACCUGAAGACAAAAGCAGGCUCAGCAGUGGAACAGAUGCUGGUGUGGAUCUCAAGCUGGAAAUGAUGUUCCGUUUUCGAAGAAGAACUUUUUUAGCUACAGGGGUAUGUCUGGUGGCUCUUGCCUCUAUACUAACACUUUCCUACUACCGGAUACAGAAAUACUCUUUACUACCCAAACUUGUUACACAGAAAGAAAAAGACCUCUGCAAAGGAUGGGUCACCAAUAACUCAAUCUCUGCUUUGAGUGACAACAGAUCUUUUAUCAUCACUCCAUACUUCGAUGACAGGGUGGAAAAGCAGACUCGGGUGAUUGGGAUUGUACAUCACAAGGAAGUUAAGGACCACUAUUGCUGGUUUUGUUGCCCAGCUGAUGAUGUGGCCUUUAUCUCUAAGGCUUCAAUAGAGUUCCACUUGGAUCGUUUUGGAUUUCCAUAUGUGGUCACAGACUUGAUUUGUUUGGAACCCUCACACUGUGAGCCUCGUUACAUGGCAUUGCAGUCAUCUGGCGAAGGAUCUGACAGUGGCAUGUCACCACGGUUUGAAAUAAAAAAUCGCCAGCGACAAAGGACUCUGGUGGACUUCACAGUGUGCAUCUCCACCAUGUUUGGAGACUAUAACAACAUCCUCCAAUUCGUGCAGAGCAUGGAAAUGUAUAAAUUCCUUGGAGUGCAGAAGGUGGUGAUCUAUAAGAACAGCUGCAGCCAGUUGAUGGAGAAAGUCCUUCAAUUCUAUGUGGUGGAAGGUACUGUGGAGGUGGUGCCCUGGCCAAUCACAUCCUAUCUCAGUGUUUCUAAUGAAUGGCAUUUCACGAAUGAUGGGACCAAAAUUGGCUACUAUGGACAAAUCGCUGCUCUGAAUGACUGUGUCUACCGGAAUAUGUACAGGAGCAGGUACGUUCUGCUGAAUGACAUUGAUGAAAUUAUUCUUCCCGUUCAACAUAUGGAUUGGAAAACCUUGAUGCAAAACCUUGAGAAACAAAAUCCGGAGAUUGGUAUCUUCCUCUUUGAGAACCACAUUUUCCCAAAUAAUGUCUUCACCUCCCCCCCUGUUCAUGUUCCACAUUCUUGGAAUAUGGUACCUGGAGUCAACAUCCUGCAGCAUGUCCUCCGAGAACCAAACAAGAAAGAGAUCAUAAACCCAAGGAAAAUGAUUGUUGAUCCGAGGAAAGUGGUUCAGACAUCUGUUCACUCUGUCCUUCAGGGGAUCGGAGGCAGUGUGGAAGUCCCUGCAGAUGUUGCAAUUGUCUUCCACUGUCGGUCUCCUUUACAACCGGAUUUGCCCAGGGAAUCCCUGAUCAACGACACAAUACUCUGGAGAUAUAGCACAUCACUAAUAGGUAGAGUUAACAAAGUGCUACAGAAGAUACCAUUUGAAGUGGUGAAGUAGUAAACACAGGAAACAUUACUGAUAUUUCCCUUUGGAGGUUCAUCCAAAAAGUAUUUGGGAGCAAGUUGUACAGGAUGAAUUUCCAAUGCAUGUUCAAGAGAGGAGUACCAUGAAUUCAAAAGGAACAUGUUUGU